CUAGUACCCAUAUUUGGCUGGCUUUCCAGUUCCUAUAUAUCCGCUCAAGCUUCUCUUAAGGCCUUCAACCUUCGUAAUCUCGUUUCUUCAUGUUAAAGCAGUCUUUGACACCAUCGCACCAGCAGUUGGUCUCUCAGUGGUACUAGCUGUGGGACAAACGUCAAUUGUAGCUGAAGCCGCUGAAUUGGUUCAGAUUCGUAAGUCGAUGGUCCACAGUUUUGGAAAAUCUGAGGCUGCAACUCCCGACCUGGCCGAAAGCCAGGUUGACAUACUUGUUGCAACUCCAGGGCGCUUGAUGGACCAUAUUCGAAAUACGAAAGGGUUCACUCUUCAGCACCUACCAUUUCUCGUUGUUGAUGAAACAGAUAGAUUGCCACGGCAUUCUUACCUGGAGUGGCUGCCCAAUGUCUUGGCGUGUGUUUCUGCUUCUGGCUCGAUGUUGUCUGGACUAGUGUUUCGAAACUCUCAUCCUGGCUCAGUCCGCACCAUUAGAAAUUGCUGUCUUGAAAGAGGAAAUAGAGGCACUGCACUCCCACGAUUCAUGAAGAUGGUGUUAUCGGCUACCUUGACGAGAGAUCCAGCAAAAAUUGCACAACUUGGUCUUCUCUGCCCCAUAUAUGUGGCGCCUGGUGCUGCUGGCAACCGGUAUAAACUACCAGAACAACUUAAGUCUUACAGGAUGGUCUGCAAACCGCGAGAGAAGCCCUUAUAUUUGGUAGCACUCUUACAACAGCUUUGCAGCCAAACAACCAUUGUUUUCACUGCUUCUGUAGUGGCUACUCAUCGACUAUAUACUCUGCUAAAAUGCUACUAAGGAUUGUCGUUCAAGGUGGUUGAGUACUCAAGCUUGCAGCAUUAACAACCCCGCAG